UUUUGUUUGUCUGUAGUACCCAUUAUGAUAAGAUUUCUUAAUCAAUGUAGGGCCGAGCACUAGAUUAGUGGAAGCAGCUUUUUAUUUGUUCAUUCACCUGAUCUAUUCUCAUCCUUAUUCUUCAGUCAACAAAUUGUGAAGCUCUAAUCAGAGAAAAUGGAGACAGGAACGGUGAUGAAGCAAUCGAUCAGAGUCGCUGCUCUCUCUGGAUCCCUCCGGAAAGGCUCUUACCACAAAGGUCUUCUUCGUGCCGCGAUCGACUUGGCGAAAGAAUCGGUGCCGGGAAUGCAGAUUGAGUAUAUCGACAUAUCUCCACUGCCGUUCAUGAAUACCGACCUGGAAAUAAAUGGUACCUAUCCUGCUGUCGUCGAAGCUUUCCGGCAGAAGAUCCUUGAAGCCGAUAGCAUUCUGUUCGCCUCCCCUGAGUAUAAUUACUCUGUCUCAGCUCCGCUUAAGAACGCGAUUGACUGGGCUUCAAGACCACCUAAUGUUUGGGCUGACAAACCUGCUGCCAUCAUUAGCACCGGUGGAAUAUUUGGUGGAGGAGUAUCUCAAUAUCAUCUUCGCCAAAUUGGAGUAUUCCUUGAUCUUCAUUUUAUCAACAAACCAGAAUUUAGUCUCAAUGCAUUCCAACCGCCUGAGAAAUUUGAUGUGGAAGGAAACUUGGUCGAUGAAUCGGCUAAGGAGAGGUUGAAAAAAGUCCUUAUCUCAUUGCAAGAAUUCACUAUGCGACUUCAGGGUCGUGAGUGAGGGAACUCUUAAUCAUUUGUAAGGCUAAUAAUGCAAAUUUUUGUAAUAAAAAAAAUGAUUGAUGAUUACAUGACGUAUUCUAUGUAAUAUUUCUCAUAAAUGUAAUGUCAAAAAAAAGACUACA